CGACAGCUUAGUGUGCUCAUCCAACGCUUGACUUUCAUUACACACUAAACCGCGUGUUUGUUUAUAUAUAUAAUAAACACCGGUCCCGAUAUAACUACUAGCAGCCGUUAACAGUUCGAGAACACGAAAAUUUCGUAGAGGCGGACUCUUUAAAGAAACGGUGCACGUCAAGCUACAAUGGCAUCUAACGAAGGAAACCAAGCUUCACCGAUAGGACCACCAAAGCCUGCACUUGCAAUUGCAAAAGAUCAAAUAGCUUCCCUCAAAAGAAAAAGAUUUCGACGUGUUAAAAGUGCCCCAAUGGCAGACUCCUUGUCAUCAAUAUCCAAACCAGCUGUCCCUCUUCCACGACCCAAGUCUGUUUUCAAUUACCUUCACCCUAGUUACAGAAAAGUGGCCAUCCUUUUGUGUGUUUAUUUGGGUGCGGGCACGCUUUGUUUUUAUCUCCUCAGACACCAGAUUAAUGGAAAGAAAACAAACAGUGUCUUAGAUUCUGUUUACUUCACUGUUGUCACAAUGACUUCCGUUGGGUAUGGAGACCUAUUUCCCGGUAGCAAUGCUACAAUACUACUUGCUUGUCUUUUCGUUUUCUUGGGUAUGCUUCUUAUUGGGCUCGUGCUAAGUAAAGCCGCAGACCUUUUAGUUGAGCAACAGGAACUACUACUUGCAAAAGCAAUACAUAUGCAUCGAACAGUUGGUACUGCAGAAACAUUAAAAAGGAUGGAAACCAACAGAAUGAGAAACAAGUGUAUAAUACUUGUAGUCUUGCUUGCCGUCCUUAUGGCUGCUGGGACGGCGGUCUUGGUUGCUGUGGAGAAUUUGGACUUUGUUCACGCCUUUUAUUGUGUCGUUGGAACGAUUACGAGUCUAGGUUACAUUGACAAAUGCUUCUCAACAAAAGGUGGGCGUGUCUUUGCGCUUUUUUGGAUAUUGUCUGGUACUAUUUAUUUAGCUCAGUUGCUCUUUGCUUUUGCUGUGUUACACACUCAAAGAAGACAGAGGUCGUUAGUGAAAUGGGCUCUUAAAAGAAAAACGACACCUGCAGACCUGGAGGCAGCUGAUCUUGAUGAUGAUGGUGUUGUUGUGGCGGCUGAGUUCAUCCUUUAUAAGCUAAAAGAGAUGGGAAAGAUCAGCCAAGAAGACAUGGCACCUAUCAUGGAAGAGUUUGAAAGACUCGACUUUGACAAGACGGGCACAUUGACAGCAUCAGAUGUUCUGCUUUCACAAUCUUCGUGGUACGCCGCAGACAUCUUGCUUACACAAGCAUCCGUGUGACACAUUUACAUCAACAGGAAUGCAAGUAUGCAACAACAGAUAGUAUUUGCUAAUUCUUUACAUGUAUCUAUGAUUCUGUGAAUUGAAUAUAAUUUAUUACUUUGUUUAAGUUCAGAUAA